CGCGACGGGCAACUUCACUUGACGCGCCGCGAGAUGAGCUCCACUUCUCUCUCUUCCUUUCCCCUCCAAGCAACACGCUGCGACACGCCGCGACACGCCGCUAGCCCGACUAUCGCUUUGCGCCCUCUAUGGCCGUCCCCACCAAUGAAGAUCUCGCAAAGGCUCUCACUAGCUACGAUUCACUAUUGGCCCAACGCUCCUCCUCAUCGUCAGGGAAGCGCAGUCCGCUUCUCCCCUCCUCAACCCUCGUAGAAUUAGAAGAGCGAGUCUGGGAGCAUAUCCCUGCCGUUCUAGCUUCGCGAUCCCAGCCACAUCUCAAUCGCGAGGAACUCCUUAUCUGCUUGGCAUGGAAGUUGGGUAGGGGAAAAUAUCGUCCCACCCUCCCUUCUCUCGUUGCGUCCAACUCGGAGGAGAAAGUAGUCGAGGUGACGGGGAAGGCUUGGCGCUCUUUCAUCCCGGCUCGAGAAGCGAGGGAGGAGGACUCACUGCGCAAUUUCCCCUGCUUGCGCAUCCUCACCUCCCUCCGUGGUAUCGGUCCUGCAACGGCUUCGCUAUUGCUGGGCAUCUUCGAGGUAGCAGCGCGCAGCGAUGGCAGCCGGUGUGCUCAAGAGGAGGAGGGGUUCAUGAGCGACGAGUCUUGGUCCUGCCUGCCCGCUUUGCAGGGACGCAAAGUCGCGUACGGAGAGGCGGAUUGGAAACGUUGGCGCUCUGCGUGGGGGGAGAGGUUAAGGGAAUGGGACAGAGGGGCGAGGCAGUUGGAUCGAGCUACGUGGGCGUAUCGUGAGGGGGGCGGGCGCGGAGGCGGGGGUGGAGGUGUGGACGAGGAAGGACAGGAGAUCGCGCGGACCAAGGAGAAGAAGACGAGCACGAAGUUGGAGCUGGAGCCGCCGGUCGAUAUGGGCAAGAAGAGAGGAGGCGACGAGCGUGGCGAGCAAGAGGAGGGGAGGGCGACGAAGCGUACCAACACUCGCACGAGGACUCGAGGACGGAGGUGACCUUUCUACGACACGGCGCAACGCGGUACAACAGAGACGUCUCGCCUCA